AAUCAACGUAAACAAGAACGCGCAGUCGGCGUCUCGGUGCGGCGUCUCGGAACUAACUCAUUUCAAGCGUCGUUGAGGGGGCGGGUCGCGGCGGGCGGCGGGGCGGGCCCGCGAGAUGAGCGGCGCUGCCCGCCCCGCCCGCUAUGCAGCGACUUCGGUCUACCUUCAAGCGUUCCAAGACCCCGACGCCCGCAGACAUGAAGACCCAAAGCAGUCUCGAAGUGCCAAAACAGAUCCGGUCGGCGUCGUUCGACGAGAUCCAACUGGAAGCGGCCCGCAGCUCGGGGUCGACCCUGCUGCUGUCGGUGCCGCAGCAGGGCGCUCGCAGCCGCUCCUUCGACUCCGCCGGAUCUGAUGACUCGGGCACAUACUUGGAGGUACCGCGAAUUUGGUCUCGGCGCCGAUCAGGUAAAGGCACCCCGCCACCAUGCGUUCACUGUCGCCACAUGGAGACGUGGCUCGCCCGUCGGAGCGAGGAGCGAUCUACACCCGAGCGCCCCUUCGCCUCCUCGUCCGCCGAGGACGACGACGACGACGACGACGACGAGAGCGAGCCCGACGCGCCGCGGAUUUACGUCGCGUGCGCCCCCCCGCCGAGGAUGCUGCUCCUUCCGCCCAUACAGUCCCCGCCCCCGACCCCCGGGGCCCCGUCCUUCGAGCUGCAGCCCCCCGCGGACGAGCCUCCGAUGCAACCCCAGAGGAGACGAUCAAUCUCUCGGCAGGAGGCGUUCUUCGUCGAGCCGACCGGGAGCUCGCUCGAGAACGUCCGAGCGUCCGAGCAGGAGGUCGAAAAUGCCGCGAAAGACGGCACGGUAGUUCUCGACAUUUACUUGGCGGUACCCGAAUUGAAGCGAGAUCGAGCCGCAUCCGUCGACUCCUGCUUCUCGAAAGUGUCCGGGGGAGCUCGAGCCGAGGAGAUAACGGCCGACGCCGAUCUGCUCAGCGUGCCGAGCACCAGCCACCGUUCGCGGUCCGUCGACAUCGUGCUGCCCACCGCCGAGCAGUCGCGCUACAAGGCGCUCGCGUUGACUUCCGCCCAGGCUGCGGCGGCCAAGAACCAGUCCGCCCCGGAAGGAAAAGAUCAGCAGCUGGUUCCUGUCGUGCUACACUCCUGGGAUAUCAGACGCACAAGCGAGAGUCAAGCCGCGCGGGUGGUGCGGUCGACGCCGGACUGGAGCGAGACAGCCUUCAGCGGCGAACACCUGUGGCUGCCGACCUCCGUGUCGGGGGAUUGCUGCUACGUCGGAGAAUCUGAAGGUUGCCAGAAACAUGGCGCCCGCAUGAAAUGCUCGGCAUGCAAGAUCGUCGCGCACUCCAACUGCAUCGACACGCUGUACGACCGCGUGCAGUUCAUGUGCAAGCCCACCUUCCGAGAUGUGGGGGUCCGCCAGUACCGCGAACAAACGGAUACUCAUCACCACUGGGUCCACCGCCGCUCAGAGAAGGGCAAGUGCAAAGCCUGCGGGAAGCCCCUUCGGCGCAGUUGCUGUGGUUGGUGCAUUAAGUCCCAAAACUCUGUAGAGAAUGAAAUACACGAUAGUUCUGUCCAAGCAAAAUUGUCCUUCAGCUCCAAAGAGAUAGUGGCGAUUAGUUGUUCCUGGUGUAAGGAGGCCUACCACAAUAAAGACAGCUGUUUCAACAUACAACGGAUAGGCGAGGAAUGCUCGCUAGGAACGCAAGUGAACAUAAUAGUGCCCCCGGCGUGGAUAGUUAAACUUCCCCGAACGGGGAGCUUCAAAUCUUCGCUCCGGAAAUCCCCAAAGAAGAAAACCGGGACGAAGAAAAAAGCGAAGGAGGCGAAGGGCGAACUGAAAACGUUCAUCAUCAAACCGAUCCCCACCUCGAACAUCAAGCCCGUCCUAGUUUUUAUUAAUCCGAAAAGCGGAGGGAAUCAAGGUGUAAGACUACUCCAGAAAUUCCAGUGGCUUCUUAAUCCACGACAAGUCUUUGAUCUCACUCAAGGAGGGCCGGGCCCCGGGCUAGAACUGUUCCGGAAGGUUCCGAACCUGCGCGUGUUGGCUUGCGGUGGGGACGGCACAGUGGGCUGGGUGCUCAGCGUGCUGGACAAGAUCGGCGCCCGCCCAGCCGUCGGCGUACUCCCACUGGGCACGGGCAACGACCUCGCCAGGGCGUUAGGAUGGGGAGGGGGUUACGAGGACGAGCCUAUCUCAAAAAUUUUGGCUCACAUAGGCGAAAGUGACACCGUGCUACUGGACCGCUGGCAACUCAAGGUGGAACCAAACGAGGACGCCGCGGGAGAGGACACCAGCAACGCCAAGCCCGAUCUGCCUCUGAACGUCGUCAAUAACUACUUCUCGUUCGGUGUGGACGCCCAUAUUGCUCUAGAAUUUCAUGAAGCCCGAGAGGCACAUCCGGAAAAGUUUAACUCCCGGAUCCGGAAUAAAUUAUUCUACGGCACGGCAGGUGGGAAGGACCUAAUGCAACGCAAAUGGAAGGGUCUGGCGGAAUUCGUUACCAUGGAGUGCGACGGCAAAGACUUCACGCCCGUCCUGAGGGAGCAUAAAGUACACGCGAUAGUAUUCUUAAACAUUCCAAGUUACGGUGGGGGGACGCAUCCCUGGAACAAGUCUGGAGGGUCGGUGGAUCCCUCCACUGAGGAUGGCCUGAUAGAAGUAGUAGGACUAACCACAUAUCAAUUGCCGCUGCUGCAAGCGGGCGGGCACGGCACUUGCAUCACUCAGUGCAAGACGGCCAAGAUCGUGACCACGAAGGUGAUCCCCAUGCAAGUGGACGGGGAGGCCUGCCGCCUCGCCCCCUCCGUCAUCACGCUCAGCAUACUCAACCAGGCUAUCAUGCUGGCUAAGAAGAAGCCGGGCCGAUCUUUGGCACCACAAACUACGCAGGACAAACUUGUUCUAACUGUGAAUCUCAUAAGGAUGAUGGACUAUGAACGUCAUCAUCACGACAAGGAAUUAUUGGCCAAAUCAGCGGAGCGGCUGGGCACGCUGGAGGUGAACCCAGCGACCGACCUGGAACAGAUGCGCUCCAUGGUCCAGAGCCUGCUCAAAGAAUCUCAUCACGCGAAUCUCACGGACUGGUGGUUCGUCGACUCGGUAACGGCGGAGCGCUUUUUCCGGAUCGACAAGGCGCAAGAGAAUCUCCACUACACGACGGACAUCGGUCACGACAGCAUCUACAUCCUGGACGCGGCUCCCCCAACUCCGGAUACGGAGACCACGGCGCACCCAGACACUACCGCCUCCCUGGACCGCACGGGCCCAUCCAUCUCCCUGGAUACCACCACCGGAAUGUCCGUUUCCCUGGACAUCUCGCAGAGCGUGGAUACCCCCAGCGCUGGGGUGUCGCUGGACGUACCGAGUGAGUCGGGGCUAGGUAGCCCGGGGUCCGUGCUAUCGCCGACGACGCCGCCGGCGGUCGCAGUGCCUCGGGGGCGGAGCACCCUGCAGCCCCGCAGUUCGCAGGAGCCCAUCUCCCCACCCCUAUGUGUUAGCCCCCCCGUCCAACCCAGCCGGGACUCCGUAGCGCGGUUCAAAACCGUUCAUGAGAAACUAUUUGGAUUUGAACACGAAGUGUUCGGUGUUAGAAAUUUACUAGAAAAAACUACUGACGGUCUUCUAAAGGCGGCCAAGAGCGGGGAUCUCAAAGUGGUGAAGGAUCUCCACGCGGCCGGGUACUCGCUGCUGUCUAUAGACGCGACCGGGCAGACAGCACUGCACAUCGCCGCGCGGUACGGCCACAAGGAGGUGGUCAAGUACCUCAUAGCGAGCGCCCCCACCGCGCUGCUCAACAUGAGCGACAACGAGCGAGGCCAGACGGCGCUGCACAAGGCCGCGGCCCACAAGCGGCGCGCCAUCUGCUGCAUGCUGGUGGCAGGCGGCGCCUCGCUCACCAGGACCGACCACGCCGGCCUCACGCCCCGCCAGCUCGCGCUCCGGGCCGAGGACAACGAGCUCGCAUCGUACCUAGAGAGUCAAGAACAGUUUCAAAUAGCUUCCGAAGACUUGGAGACAACCGUAUAAAGUGUUGUUCAAUGUAAGGAUAAAGACACUUUCGAAUACAAAAUCUCAAGACUUGGAUUUUCUCUAACGUUUGAUAUCUGACGUAAAGUGAUAUUAUUAUAGUGUAACUAACGUCUGCACUGAGUGACGUCUAAUGAUUACUUAAGUAGGUAGUUAUUUAAUGAAGACUGACUGAAUAUAUUAUUAUGGACUUUGUGUCAAAACCCUCGUUAAGUAACUACUUAAGAAUCAUUAAAUGUCUCUGCGUGCUGCCGUAAUUAUUAUUACUUUAUUGUUUAAUUAAUAUUUGAUGCUAGUCCAGGUUCCCUAGAACAGUUUUUUCAUUUGUUUACUAUCAAACUAAUUUGGAUAAGAUGGCUUGAAAAGCGUAGCUUCAUUUUGAUAAGAUGAACAACAAUUACC